CUGUAGUGAGGUCAAAUCUUGAUAGAAUUUGAGACGUUAGUCCCGCUGCGAUUGUCGUAUUGGAAGCACCAUGUUGCUGCUUCCCACAAGCUAAACGGUCGCGACAUUUCUGUUAUUCCGUACAAAUCCGCUCGAAUCCCUGGUGAAUAUUCUCUGACUCAAGUGGUACUCGAUGGGCAACCAUGACUUGACUCCCUGACUCUGGUGUGCAGUGUUUGUGUAAGAUUUGCGAUCACGCUUAGGGAGGAUAUAGGACUGAAGUGAGAAAUCUACCCAAGGACUGAAUGAUAGUGAAGUGGUGAAAGAUGAUGAUGAAUGCAUUUAUGGACACGGGAGCGUCGGCUCACCAUCUGGCCACGUACGGGCUGAAGAUGUCGCCAACGGGACUGGGCCAGGAAGCGGCCGCUGGCAUGGCGGGAGCGCCCCCAAUGAACGAAAUGCCCUCGUCCGCGAGCCAGCACUAUCAGAAUACCGCCGCGGCGGGCUACCCGCCGCACCAUCCCACGCACAUGAGCCACCUGAAUGGCCAGAACUCCCUGUACCCCAGGGACUUCCUCCUGCGGCGCGACAAUGAGUACAUCCCGCCCGGAGGUGCGAGUCAGGCUGCUGAUCCCAUGCUCUUCCCAUCCAUCCACCACCCGCACCCAUCGAUGCACGACAACCUCAACCACCACCCCGUGGGUCAGCAUCACUUCCAUCAGCACCAGAUGCGGAUGGGCAUCGCCCCGGACUACUCGCAUCCGGCCUACCAUCAUCCGCACCAGGGCAACUUCCCGUCGGUGCACCACCACAACCUGGCCAACUUGCCCAUGAACACCCAGCCGGGCGCCUUCAUCCGCUACAUGCGCCACCACCAGCCCUCGGCCAUCAAGCAGGAGAUGACGUGUCUCUGGGUGGAUCCGGAGACACCCAUGCUCCACCAGAGCUCGGCCCCUGGCAGAAAGACCUGCGGCAAGACCUUCAACUCCAUGCAGGACAUCGUGACGCACCUCACGGUGGAGCACGUCGGCGGCCCCGAGUGCACCACGCACGCCUGCUUCUGGAUGGGCUGCACGCGCAACGGGCGCCCCUUCAAAGCCAAGUAUAAGCUCGUCAAUCACAUCCGCGUGCACACGGGCGAGAAGCCCUUCCCGUGUCCCUAUCACGGCUGCGGCAAAGUCUUCGCGCGCUCCGAGAACCUCAAGAUCCACAAGCGGACACAUACUGGUGAGAAGCCGUUCAAGUGUGAGCACGAGGGAUGCGACAGGAGAUUUGCCAAUUCAUCAGACCGGAAGAAGCACUCCCACGUUCACACCUCGGACAAGCCGUACAAUUGCCGCGUGAACGGAUGCGACAAGUCCUACACGCAUCCUUCGUCCCUCAGGAAGCACAUGAAGGUGCACGGCAGUUUGGGGGAGAAGUCACCGUCCCACGCGUAUGAUAGUGACGGUGAGGAGUCCAGCUCGUCCAGCGUGAUCACGGGCGGCACGCAGACACCGCCGACACGACUGGCGGCGGACAAGCUGCUGACGCCGUCGUCGAUCAAGUCGGAGGGCCAUGGACACAAUCUGGGCCAUCAUCCGCUGCACAGCAACAACAACAACAGCAAACCGCCGCCGCCGCCGGCGCCGUACGGGCCGCUGGCGCCCCACCAGACACCGCCCGUGUCCUCGGCGUCGUCCAUGCUGGUGGGCCACCAGCACCACCUGCUGUACCACCACUCGCAGCACCCCAACGACUGGUACCACCAUCAUCACUCGCCCAACGCGCCCGCCGCUGACACCAUGACACACCUCAACCACUUCAGCCACCACCACCUCGUGCACCACGGCGCCGCCACGGCGUACUGAUCGGCCUAGCCUGGGUAGAGCCUAGCGAUUCUGUCCACUAGGAGAAAGUCGGCCACCGCGUGGAUUUUUUCUAGUGUCCUGAAGAGCUUGAAGACACCGAUUUGUGCCUCUGCUUGACAUCGCUCUGGAAGAAAGGACAAAGAAUUCGUAGAAAAGUUAGCUUUUAUCGACAAAGUAUCAAAACAAGAAAAAAAAUUUUAGGGCUUCUGUGGACAAAAUGACGAUUUUCGCUCGAUUUUAGAUGAUAAACUUGAGUCACUCUCUAUCUUGGAAGUAAUGACGAUUUAGGAAAUUUGCAUUAAAUAUCAAUCACCCCUCCAAAGUUCAUAUGACGAGUUGAGACCCACGAGAUUAUGUAUGAUUUUCUGCCUGCCCCACGCUAGUGGUUAUAGAGCAUUGACAAGAUAUUAAUUUAUUGCAAGUGUGAUAAAAUAAAAUAUGUAAAUAGGAUGAAUAGUAAUUUUAAUUUUAUUGUAUGUUGACCAGUGAGGUAAUUAUGGCUUCACUCCGCAUGUUCGCAAACUGAAAAUUCUGUCGAAAAUUCAAUUAAUUCACCCCCAAAAACAAUAGGAGAGCGUCACGAGACACAAAAGGACAAGUCAUGUGAGAAAAUAGGAUGAAUAAUGGGAGUUUAACUAUAAAUGAAAUUUAUUGUAAAUUGUAAUGUUGUAAAU